AUGGCUGAAGACGGCCUCCAACCGCCGGGCCCAAAGCAGCCAGCCUUUGUUCGCAUGCGUGUCUCCUUCCUGCGUCACCUAGUACGUAAACAAACACACAUGAUCUUUAUGAGGGAAAAAACUACAAAAUGGAAAUCUCAGUCCUACUUCUCCAUGACGACAAGGACGACGUCGCCAUGCGUGCAUGCUCCAACCUGUCCCCUGUCGCAGCCCCACCAUUCGAUGCCGAUGCACUCCAACCCGAGGACCACCAUGAUGGAGGUCGCCUCACAGCCUAGCGACGAGUGUUUGUUGGUUUCUCUUUCAUUUACGGACAUCUUGGGCUUGCUGGGUGCAGAAUCAAGAAGCCCAAUCAUCAUCAGGGAUGAAAAAAGGAGAGAAGCACGGGAAGAGGUACUAGUAGAAGAGGAAGAAAUGCACCGUAAUGGAUCUAGGAAGUAUGAAUGGUUAAUACCUCAAUGGUGCACUAUGCAUCUUUGGCAUGUUUUUAUGCCUUUUUAA